AUUCUUAAAAAACUUUCUUUAGAUACUGAGGACAGCAUGAAUGAUCAUGAAGAUACAAAUGGUUCAAAAGAAAGUUUCAGAGAACAAGAUAUUUAUCUUCCCAUUGCAAAUGUGGCUAGGAUAAUGAAAAAUGCCAUACCUCAAACAGGAAAGAUUGCAAAAGAUGCCAAAGAAUGUGUUCAGGAGUGUGUGAGUGAGUUCAUAAGCUUCAUUACGUCUGAAGCAAGUGAACGGUGUCAUCAGGAGAAGCGGAAGACCAUCAACGGAGAGGACAUUCUCUUCGCCAUGUCCACUCUAGGCUUCGACAGCUACGUGGAGCCUCUGAAAUUGUACCUUCAGAAGUUCAGAGAGGCCAUGAAAGGAGAGAAGGGCAUUGGUGGAGCGGUCUCGGCUACAGAUGGGCUAAGCGAGGAGCUCACAGAAGAAGCAUUCACUAACCAGUUACCGGCUGGCUUAAUAACUGCAGAUGGUCAACAACAAAAUGUUAUGGUUUACACGACGUCCUAUCAACAGAUUUCUGGUGUCCAGCAAAUUCAGUUUUCGUGAUCUGAAGAAAUGAUGGAACCGGGCUCUGGAGAGAUUCCAACCAAGUCUGGAACAGGCAUUGGGAGGAAGUGAGGGCGAAGACUCCUCUGUGUAAAAUAAGUAGCUGUAAUGUAGCUUCCUGACGCUUGACUAAUUGAGGUGUUAAUUCUGACUUGAGAAUCUUUUUCAUGAAUGAUUUUAAAGAAAAAAUUGGAUUUUAAAGGUAUUAAAAUAUUUUUGUUUUGUACGAGAGUUUGUUGCUCUGUAUGACGCCUGUAUGCAUUGUAUAUUGCAAUUUAUUACUGUCAGAGAUUUGUAGACAGUUUCUUAUUUUCAUAUUGAAUCAUGUUAUUUUGUAAUUCAAGUAAGCAGCUGGGUUAAUUCAUGAUGUUUGCCCUUUUAAUAAAAUGUAAGGGUAGAGUUCAUUUUGAA